AUGAACGUGGCUCAGAUUCAAGGCGCCGACUCCAGGCUCUUUCAGCCCCUUGCCAUUGCCAAUGGCAAACUCACUUUAAGCCACCGGGUGGUGCAUGCCCCUCUGACUCGCAACCGGGGCGAGCCGUUGAACCCAAAUAGCACCCCUGAAAACCCCAAUCGGAUCUGGUAUCCUGGGGAUCUGGUGGCUGAAUAUUAUCGUCAACGGGCAACCCCAGGUGGGUUGAUCAUCUCGGAGGGCAUUCCGCCAUCGCUGGAGAGCAAUGGAAUGCCGGGCGUUCCCGGUCUCUUCACGGACGAGCAGGCCGUCGGAUGGAAGAAAGUGGUCGAGACGGUCCAUGCCCAGGGAGGAUACAUCUACUGCCAACUGUGGCACGCCGGUCGUGCUACCAUCCCCCAGAUGACCGGAUACCCGCCAGUCUCAGCCUCUGCCAGUGUCUGGGACGACCCGAACGAAUGCUACAGCCAUCCCCCGGUGGGAUCGACCGAGCCAGUUCGCUAUGCCGACCACCCCCCGAUCGAACUGACUGUCGCGCACAUCAAGCAAACCAUCCAGGACUACUGCAGAGCAGCCAAGACCGCCAUGGAGAUCGGCUUUGAUGGAAUCGAAUUACACGCAGGCAACGGAUACCUCCCCGAGCAAUUCUUGAACUCAAACAUCAACCAGCGGACGGACGAGUACGGCGGUACCCCCGAGAAGCGCUGUCGAUUUGUGCUCGUAUUGAUGGACGAACUGGCUCAGACGGUGGGCGAGGAAAACCUGGCGAUCCGACUCACCCCCUUCGGUCUGUUCAACCAGGCGCGUGGCGAGCAGCGUGUGGAAACCUGGACAUUUCUGUGCGAAUCGCUGAAGCAGACACACCCUCAUCUGUCCUAUGUCAGCUUCGUUGAGCCGCGCUACGAGCAAAUCUUCAGUUACGAAGAAAAGGACAGGUUCCUCAGCAGCUGGGGCCUCCCCAACGUCGAUUUGUCCUCCUUCCGCAAGAUCUUCGGCUCCACGCCCUUCUUCUCGGCCGGUGGCUGGGACCAAACCAACUCUUGGGGAGUCCUGGAGGAGGGCAAGUACGACGCCCUGUUGUAUGGGCGAUACUUCACAAGCAACCCGGAUCUGGUGGAGAGACUGCGCAAGGGCAUCCCGUUUGCCCCGUACGAUCGCACCCGUUUCUAUGGGCCGUUUGAGGAUAAUGCGUUCCACUAUGUGGACUAUGAGCCUGCUGCAGAAUCGACACAGACGCUCCUCAAAGUCCAGAGCCAACUUUGA